CUUCCCCCUUUUCCAGAUAUUUCUGCGUUAAAAUGUCAGUUUUCACCCCACCCAGUAGGUGGCGGCAAUACACAUUCUUGGUUUGUAGUCCGCCAAUAAAAACUCAGAGAAGAAGAAGGAGCUUCCUUCAAGCUUGCAUCCGCACCAGAGCUGCGUUAAACACGGUUAAUAUUCCUGCAACACAGAGAACUUCAGCGAAGCAAUCAUCAUGCCUAUGUUUUUGGUAAAUACUAAUGUGGCGAAGAGUGACAUUCCGCCUGCACUGUUGUCUGAGGCCACAGAGGAACUGGCCAAGGCGAUGGGCAAACCUGUGCAGGUGAGUCUUUCAAACUUGGCACAGCAAUGCCUUUUUUUUGCUCCAGUUGUAGAUAGUUAGAUAGUUGCUUUGAUGCUGGUGCAUUUUUCGGCACCGAAAAUUGCAUUGCAGGGUACCCCUUUUGUUGCAGUUGAGAGACCUCUUUAGUCUUUACCAAUCUAUAACAGAACCGUUAUACAACUGGGCAUGUGCAGAUCGUAGUAUUCCAAAAAUAGAACAGGGUUACAGUGCGGCAGAUCUGCUGUAUUUUGAUAGGUCCAGGACAGAAAUACUGUAAUGCGCAAUCCAAUAACUAGUUCUUAUUUAUUACAGGUUUACAUGAGCAAUUUCACUGUCAUGGUUGGAAUUUCUCAGGCCUUGUUCCAGCUCCCACUGACUGUAUGCUCUGUUUGUAUGUGUCUCUCUCAGUACCUCGCUGUGCACAUCGUCCCAGACCAGUUGAUGAUGUUCGGAGGGAAAGGAGACCCUUGUGCCCUCUGCUCCCUUCACAGCAUUGGAAAGAUCGAAGGAGCUCAGAAACAGUACUCUAAACUACUGUGUGGACUGCUCAACAAACACCUGGGCAUCUCCCCUGACAGGUAAUGGAGACAUACACAUCCAUAUGGAGUGUUCAUACAGUAUAUUAACCCAUUCCUCUUGUGUCUCUGUGUCAGGAUCUACGUGAACUUCUUUGACAUGGAGGCAGCAAAUGUGGCCUGGAACAACUCUACCUUCGGCUAAUCAGGGGAUCUAAACUUCAAUGGGAGCUGACCCCUCCUUUCCCCCACACCUUAAUAACGGUAGUACAGCAUUAGAGUAGGCUGUGGAGAGAUGAGCAGAGAUGCCCAGUUGCUGUGCUGACGUAGAGCAGCAUUGAUAAAUGCACUUAAAUGGACCCUUGCUUUAUAACAGACCCUUGAUUUGCACUGGACCCUUGGCUUUGAUGUUCCAAUAAAGUGAUUCCCAUUGAAUACAA